CCGGGUUUGCAGGGAGGCUCCACCUUUUCAAGCGGUUCAGUGACCUCAGCAGUGGGCUGGAUUGUAAGGGUGGGAUUUCCAGGCUCUGAGCUCCGUGUAUUACUGCCUCUGUCUUAGGAUCUAUGCGGCUUCAGAGACAGCGAACACGGACUGGUUGUACCUUUCGCAGCCAGAGAGGCACAUACACUGUACAUUGGAUCUUUUUCUUUUUCUACAUGCGACUCCAAUCGGAAUAAAUAAUUAAGGAAUGUGGAAAUUACAGAAUGCCCAACAGCGUUGGAAAGAGAUUUAAACCCACCAAAUACAUCCCGGUGUCCACUGCUGCCACACUCCUGGUGGGAUCGACCACUUUAUUUUUCGUUUUCACGUGCCCCUGGUUGACUAAAGUAAUCUCACCCGCUGUGCCUCUCUACAAUGGCCUGGUCUUCCUCUUCGUCUUGGCCAACUUCAGCAUGGCAACCUUCAUGGACCCCGGUGUUUACCCCAGAGCGGACGAGGACGAGGAUAAGGAGGAUGAUUUCCGCGCACCGCUCUACAAGAACGUGGAGAUCAAGGGCAUUCAGGUCCGGAUGAAGUGGUGCGCCACCUGUCACUUCUACAGGCCGCCUCGCUGCUCGCACUGCAGUGUCUGUGACAACUGUGUGGAGGACUUUGACCAUCACUGUCCCUGGGUGAACAACUGUAUUGGACGGAGAAACUACCGCUACUUCUUCCUCUUCCUGCUGUCGCUGAGUGCUCACAUGGUGGGAGUUUUCUGUUUUGGCCUUAUCUUUGUCCUUGACCACAGAGAGAGGCUGGGAGCACUGCACACCACUGUGACUCUGGUGGUGAUGUGCAUAGCAGGUCUUUUCUUUAUUCCAGUCAUGGGUCUCACGGGCUUUCACAUGGUGCUCGUAGCUCGAGGUCGAACAACCAAUGAACAGGUGACGGGCAAGUUUCGUGGGGGAGUAAAUCCUUUCACCAAGGGUUGCUGUGGCAACGUGGAGUACGUUUUAUGUAGUCCCCUAGCACCCAGGUACAUGCUGGACCCCAGGAAGAAGCCCCAUGUCAAAAUUCAGCCCCCGUUCAUCAGACCUGACCUCUCAGACAGGCAAAUCACCAUCAAGGUGACUGACAACGGUAUCCACAGCACCGUCAUCAGCUCCAAGUCCAAAAGCAGCCUUGAUGGUCUAGAUGACAAAGAGACCCAGCCACCGCUGCCACCCAAAGCUGAUCGGUACAACCAGCUUAAAAGCCAGAUGACCUCCAGUGAAGAUAGUUCCCUUUCUACUAAGACCCACCCAUCCACUCCAGCCAUGUACAAAUUUAGGCCAUCCUUUGGCACCAUGCCUAAAGUCCAGUACCAUACUGCAGAGGAGAAGAUUGUCAUGUCUGAUGACCGGAAGCCUUCAGCCAUCUUGGAAGAAGGCGUCCGUGGUCAUGACUACCGAUCUGAGCCGAACCUGGACCUCCCCGAAUAUGCCAAUGCUCCCCUCCACCGCACUUUCCAGUCAUCUCCCCUCCAGCUGGAUUCUGAUCCCAUCAACUCCCGCUCUCUCAGCCUGAAGCAGGGUCAUGGCCGACCGGAGAAGGGCCAACUCCCAGCCCUGCAGCCCCGGACAGUCACUUCCACCCCCUACAAGAGUGUUUUCUCUCCAAAUAAUCUCUCCAACCGUAACGGUAGUCUAUCCUAUGACAGCCUGCUGAAUCCCAGCAUCUCCCCAGCUACUGCCAGUGAGUGCAUGGCCCACCAUGGUGUACCCUCUGUGGGGUUCCACUCACCCUACCUGCCCACCAAAAUGUGCCACAUCCGGGAACCUGAUAUACAGAGACAACAGGUCCCCCCUACCUACAGCCCAGUGAUACCCCCUAGAGUGGUGGGCAGACACUCACCUCACCUGAGGGACAGGGAUCCAUCCCCGGUACGCUAUGACAACCUCUCCCAGACUAUCAUGGCAUCCAUCCAGGAGCGAAAAGAGAAGGAGGAGAGGGAGAAACGGCAGAUACAUCGCGGGCGCUCCCAGACCCACAUCUAUGCCCAGGACUCUGGCGUGUUUGAUGGGGGCUAUGGCCUCCCCACCAAUGCUGGCUACCCAGAUGGGCCUCGUGGCCCCGGGUCAAGAGGCCCAACACCCCCAGCCUAUGGAGGCUCCAGAGACAACCUAAUGGGGGUUGGACUGGUGAGCUAUGGUCAAAGAACCCCAGUGCUACGUCAUGCUGGCUCUACACUGGGCCGCGCGCCUAGGACUUCAUCCACCUCCCUGCACACAGAUCAAAGCAGCAUCAACAGCAGCCAGAGCAGGGCCACAGGCCCAGAGGGUCCCUAUCGUUCCCCGGCCCACCAGCCCCAUUCCCCUGCCAUGCCCCGUUCCCCUUCCUAUUCCCAUCAGAAACUCUCCUACAUCAGUGCACAUGAGAGGACAGAGUCACCUCGUCUGGGGGGCUCAAGAGAGGCCAUGAAAGUUAAUGGGCAGAUGGACUGCCACCCGAGUGCCCAGGGUGCCGCCCUCAGCCCCAGUCGCCACAGUAACGUCAAAAAGGUGACAGGUGUAGGAGGCACCACAUAUGAGAUAUCAGUGUGAGCAGAGACACCGCAUCCAGCAUGACCGACAGCGGACACUCUGCUACAAAGAGAUUCUCUUCUGUUAUUUUAAGAAGAUAGCAGGCAGUCGGGGGCACACAGUACCCCCUGUUUUGAAUUUACUGUCCAGUCAGAGGAUCUCUGCUUUUUUUUGAGGGUCUGUUUAGCUAUAUGCCCAUGUGUGUUUGUGCCAGAGGGGUGGGUUGUCAGUUGAUAACGCUGAAAGCUGUACCGUACGUGUGCAGAGUGUUUGCCGUUAAUAUUUUGUAGUCCAUCAUUGUGGUCGUAAGAGUGGACCGUCCAACGAGAUCAUCGAUGUUAUUACUGUUGUCUCUCAUCUGUGUUUAUGAAGCGUUUGUUGUUCCAAAUGUCACACACAAACUUUGCUCCAGCAAACGCUGAGAGGGGUGAACAGAAACACUACAGAUCGGUUAAACACUGACUUACUGUGGACUUCUGCAAGAAGACUCUUUUUCCGAGUCAGCUGACCUCAAAAAGAUAAGGUGCUUCACAUUAACUUGUACUGUUCAUGCCAUCUCUGGCGGAGAUGUGAUGGAGGUUUAUGUGGAGAAGUUAUGUGCGAGUGCAGUAAAAAAACAACACAAGAGAAACUGAGAUAUUUGACAGGGAGAGAUCUCUGCAGAACAGGAGUGGGUGUUCCUCAGCUGUGACAUGGUUAUUGGAUUGAGCAUAGACUGUAUAUAAAAGAUGUGUUUAACCACAGUGACAUCACCCAUUGGUUUGGUUAUUCCUGUUUUGAAACAGUGAGUUUAGGAUUUUUUUUUUUAACCAAAUUUGGAACAGGGUGCAGCUGAUCCGUUAACACUAGCUUCCUUGGUUAGCAAAUUGCAUCUGUUAUACACUGUGGCAUCAACUGGAUGCUAGUUUUUAGCUGGUGAAAAUCAGGUUUAAAAGAGAGUGUACUUACUACAAAAACUGAACAGCUAGUGUCCAACUAGUACUUUUUAGUACAACUCAGUGCUGAAAAAGUGAGAGGUGAAACCAGAGGCAACUGAGCACCCCAAUGCAUGCCCUGCUUGAUAGUCUAAUUUAUUGCAAAUGGGACCAUGUUUUACAAAAUUAACACCAUGGUAUAUUAAAUAAAGAUCGAAUCUAUUUACUGAUACCAUAAACUCAUUUGGAAAUAUUUACUGAGGUAAUAAACCGAGACAUAGGGUCACUUUUCUUAUAGAAGUCCAUCAGUGACUUUUUUUGCCUACCCAGAAUGGUUUCCCCCUGGUGGCUAUUAGAAAGAAUGCAGGUUUAAGGCACUUCUGCACUGGCUUCACUUACAGACUCAGAGACUACAUCCAUCAUUAAAGUCCAUGGUCAGGAGUUGAGGAACACCCACUGUUCUACAGAGCACCUAACUUUUAGUUUAGUUUAGUUUUUUGUGGUUGCAUUCCAAAUUGCCUGAGAAAGUCUUGCUUUAAAUGAAAAAAAAACUUUUUUUUUUCUCCUAAAAAUAAUUUUCUCAAGUACUCACACAGCCAGACAUGUGAGCAGACGUGAUUAUAUUAUGAAUGUCUCCACCUCCUGCCUGUGGUGUGCAGAUUUUUAGGGCUAGUAAAUAACACAGCCCUGCCCCCUUACUCCCAUAAAGAGGAUUCAGUAUGUAAUCGUGGCUUGUUUGUUUUCUGAGGCGAUUUCAAAAUGAGUCAUUACAAAAGAGCUGGGGUGAAACACUAUAUUGCCAAAAGUAUUCGCUUGUAUUCACAUACAUAUGAACUUGAACCCGUUCUUAAUCCAUAGGGUUUAUUAUGAUGUCGGCCCAUCGUUUGCAACUAUAACAGCUUCAGCUCUUCUGGGAAGGCUUUCCACAAGGUUUAGGAGUGUGUUUAUGGGA